CAAGUCUCAACUCUCAAUCCAAGAAGUCCUUAUUUGAUACUAGUAAAAAAGAAGUCUUUAAUCAUAAAACUUCUUUACCUAUUACAAGAGCCAUGCACAAGGCAUGUAGUCAUUAUAUUAAAAAUUACAAAUCCUUGACAAACAAAUUACAGUCUCAAAUGCUAUAAAACGCAUUUACCACAAACAAUCAUCCAUUAAUUUCUUCAUACCUAAAUCAAUGGAAAAUAAAAUUCCUAUGAUUGUUCCACUCUUCCUCAAAACAAAAUGGGUUUUCUUAUUAUUAUCCACAAUAAUGUUACUUGGAGUUAAUUCUCAGGUGUACCAAACUCCUCAUCUAUUCUGCAUCAGUAAAUGUGAUACUUGCCCUCCAAUCUGCGCUACACCACUAACACCACCCUCAGAUGGAGGAGCCGCCCAACCACCACCUUCAGUACCGCUGCUACCGCCGCCCCCACCGGCCCACCACUCCCAUCCGCCUUUACCGCCAUAUUAUAUCGCACCUCCGGCACCAGGCGGAGCUGUCAUCACCCCAAUACCGCCUACUCAAAACAACCCACCACCUUCAGUGCCUUUGCUACAGCCGCCACCGCCGCACCACCAUUCUCCUCCUCCUCCUCCUCCGCCACACCACCACUCCAUCGUACCUCCGGGACCGAGCGGAGUUGUCAUCACCCCAAUACCCCCUACUCAAAACAACCCACCAUCAAUGCCACCCCCUACACCUGAUCAGAACAGUCCACCUUAUAUGCCACCCCCUACUCAGACCAGCCCACCAGCUGUUCCAUACUUUUCCCCACCACCCCCAUCAACGCCGCAGACGCCUGCUUGGAUGUCACCACCGUCGUCUCCUCCUAUGAAUACACCGCCAGCAGGCACCGGACAAGGAGGGACUCCUUAUCCUUACUUCCACCAGGUCACCUCGGAGGCAGCUUCUAACACUAGGCGGCUUUUUGGACGCAUUCUGUUUGCAUUGUUGAUAUGUUUUUAUGUUUAUGCUUAAUUUAAUUUUAAUUAAAC